AUGGAUGGGGUGCCAGAUGCUGUUAUCCGUCGGAACAGCCCGCAUUUCAGGAUCUUGAGUAUCUCGCAGUGGUCGUAUCGGUGUUUUGAUAUUGCGUGGUUUGAGUGCACUAAGCUUGUGGAGUUGAACAUUUAUUUGGAUGAAGGCGGUGGUGGUGGAUCGGUAGAACAGGACACAAAUAGGGGAGAGGAUGGCAGGCGUGGAGAGACUGGAGCAUCUUCUGAAUCAAGCACAGGACGAAGAGGAAAAAGAACAGGAGAAGAACCUGAGAGCCGAGCUGUUGUACCUCUACCGGACGCAAAGCGACUUCUUCGGACGAACCCACGACUCAAGUGUCUCUCCUGGGCAGGACCCGCCCGCUCCACGACUGCAUUGGAUGUCGAAGACCUUGUUGGACUCGCAGGACUGGAGAACCUUAGUUUGGACCGCUGGGAUUGUUCUGACGGACGGUUGGAUAUGGUCUUGAAGAGCGUUGCAGGAUCGUUGAAGGUGCUUUCUGUUGGUUGGAUCUGUGGUGUUGAAACGGGACUCUCCUCGGUACCACUACCGCCAGUAUCGUCAGCGUCGCCAUCAUCAUCACCACCACCAGCAACUACAGCAGCAGCAACGGCAUUGCAAUCGUUACGGGAGAAACCCCGCAAUGGCGUGGAUAAUGGACGCAGCAAUACAACAGACAUCUGGAUGCUACCCCGACUAGAAGAACUGGUAUGGUCCGGCGGCGAUCUGGACGACGAGUAUCUUUCAGAGCUGGUCAAGCGAUGUCCCAAACUCAAGAACGUGACCCUCUAUGUGAAUCACGGCGGAUGGGACUUUGAUCGCCUGGCCGCCAGUCUGGGAAGGUACUGCCCAGACAUCGAAACACUCGAGGUCGAUCCAGUCAUCGAGACAUUUGAAGUCGAGACCUUGAUCCGUCACUGUUCACCCAACCGACCUCAGCUCCGCAAGCUCCGGAUUGCAGUCAAUGGGCCCAAUGAACUCGGACUGGUCUUAGCGGUCCUCCCGCAUGCGUCGACACUGGAGGAUUUUGAGAUUUACAGGACACAAGAGGAGAUGGAUGGACCGCUGUAUCUGCGGCUGCUUGUUGCGUGCUCGAGGUUAACACGGUUCGCAUUCUUUUCAAGGGCGGCUCCGUUUGAUGUGGAGUUUUUGGAGACGUUGAAACAGGAGAGGUGGGGGUGUUGUGAGAGGUUGCGGGAGUUGAGUCUGGAUUUGGGGAUCUUUCACAAGUAUCGGAAGCAGACUCGGGCUGAGAGAGUGGACACGAAGGCGUUACUUUCUGAGGUGGGCGGGUGGGUGGAGGUGAAGGCAAUUGAGGAAGAGGAUGGUGGUGAUUAUGAUGAGUAUGAGGUUGAGCCGUUUGAUAUGGUCAAGUUGAGGCAGGUGCUUGAGUUGGUGCAGUUGCAGGAAUUGAAGGAGCUUGAGGUGCUGAUUUUGGAUGAGGUUGAGUUCUGGAGGAAUCGUCCUAUAUCUUAG